UAUGCCUGCAACAAAACCACAGCUCAGACCUAUCAAUAAAAGUCCAGGAAUUUCCCGUCUUUAUAACCUGGACUUUGCUCCCUCAGCAUAUGUGGAUAUUUCCAGGUUCAUUAUUUCUGCAGUGCUCCAGACAUUUCAAGAAGAAUGUCUUAUGAAUGAUUGACUCUUUCAACAUUACCUGUUUCUAACCCAGCUCAACAGACAGUUGCUUUCUCCUGAAGAGCCUUCACUUGGAGCUGGGAUGGGAUCUCGUUGGCUGCUGCAGUCUCAGUCUCUGGUUUUACUGCUGUUGCCCAUCUUUGCUGAAGGUGCCACCAGAGUCUAUUACCUGGGUAUCUGUGAGGUGGAAUGGAAUUAUGCUCCAACAGGAAAGAACAUAAUCACAGGCCGAAGCAUUAAAGAUGACCCAGAAGCCGCUAUGUUCCUCAAGCCUGGCAAGGACAGGGUGGGAAGCAUUUACAAAAAAUCUGUGUAUAAGCAAUACUCAGACUCCACAUAUACAAAAGAGAUCCCCAAACCUGCCUGGCUGGGAUUUCUUGGGCCCAUCAUACGAGGAGAAGUGGGUGACACUAUUACCCUGCACCUAAAAAAUUUUGCCAGCCGGCCAUACACAAUCCAUCCUCAUGGCGUCUUCUACACGAAGGACUCAGAAGGGUCCCUGUACCCCGAUGAGUCCUCAGAGGAUCAUAAGAAGGAUGAUGCUGUUCCACCAGGAGGAAAUUAUACAUAUACUUGGACUAUCCCUGAAGAUCAUAGCCCAAUGGCUGAUGACCCAACUUGCUUGACCUGGGUCUACCACUCUCACAUUGAUGCACCAAAGGACAUAGCUUCUGGGUUGAUUGGGCCUUUACUGACAUGCAAAGAAGGAGCUCUGACUGGCACAUCUCAAAGACGUCAUGAUGUGGACCUUGAUUUUUUUCUCAUGUUCAGUGUGAUUGAUGAGAACCUGAGCUGGCACCUGGAAGAGAACAUUGCAUUGUUCUGCACAGAUCCAGAAUCUGUUGAUAAGGAAAAUGAGGAGUUCCAAGAAAGUAACAGAAUGCAUGCUAUUAAUGGUUAUGUGUAUGGGAACCUGCCUGAGCUGACAAUGUGUGCUGGAGAUCACGUGGCAUGGCACCUCUUUGGGAUGGGCAGUGAGACGGAUGUUCACACAGCCUUCUUCCAUGGACAGACACUCACCAUCAGAGGCCACCGAUCUGAUGUGGCCAGCCUCUUCCCAGCCACUUUUGUGACAGCUGACAUGAUUCCACGUAACACUGGGAGGUGGCUUCUGAGCUGUCAGAACAACAAUCACUUGCAAGCUGGAAUGAAGGCGCUCUAUGAAGUCAGACAGUGUUCACAGAAAACUCCAGCGUCCUCCCUGAAAGGCAGAGUCCGGAGAUACUACAUAGCUGCAAAGGAAGUACAGUGGAAUUAUGGACCCUCAGGGUUUGACCGGAGCACGGGGAAAAGUCUGCAGGAGCCAGGCAGUUCUGCGGAGCAGUUCUUCAAAUCUGGCCCUGGGCGGAUCGGGGGAACCUACUGGAAGGCCAAGUAUGUGGAAUAUACUGAUGCCUCUUUCCGGGUAGAAAAACAGCAGUCAGAAGAAGAGAUGCAUCUUGGGAUACUUGGUCCAGUGAUAAAAGCGGAAGUAGGAGACACUAUCUGGGUGACAUUUGCAAACAAAGCCUCUUGGCCCUUCAGUAUGCAGCCCCAUGGUGUGCUUUAUGGAAAGGAGUGGGAAGGAACGCUGGAUCACGAUGGUGUGUCAUGGAACGGGGCUUCAGUUGAGCCUCUCCAUAACUUCACAUACCACUGGACUGUACCAGAGUACGUUGGACCCACAGCCAAUGACCCUCCUUGCCUGACCCGGAUGUACUCAUCUGCAGUAAAUCCCAUGCGCGAUACCAAUUCCGGCUUAGUAGGCCCUCUGGUGAUCUGCAGACCUGGGACUCUGAGCGCCUCCAACAAGCAGAAAGGGAUCGACAAGGAAUUUUACCUCCUGUUCAGUGUUUUUGAUGAGAACCUCAGCUGGUAUUUACCUAUAAAUAUAAAAUACUAUUUAAGGAUGGAAAAGGCUUCUGUGAAAAAGGAUGAAGGCUUCAAGGCGUCCAAUAGGAUGCAUGCGAUUAAUGGAUUUAUGUUCUAUAACUUGCCCAAGCUGGAAGUAUGUAAAGGGGACACUGUGUCCUGGCACUUUCUGGGUCUGGGCAGUGAAACAGAUGUGCAUGGAGCAGCAUUCCAGGGAAACACCAUUCAGAUGAAUGGGAUGAGGAGAGUUGCAACCAAUCUAUUCCCUCACACUGUUGCUACCGCUCUCAUGCAGCCUGACCAUGAAGGCACUUUUGAGAUCUACUGUCAGACUAGCAACCAUUACCAGUCUGGGAUGAAGGAGCAUUACUCUGUUACAAAGUGUGGCAAAGGGGCAUCUGCUCCUGACCACCAAUAUAAGGAGGUACGGACACACUACAUCAUGGCACAAGAGGUGGAGUGGGACUAUUCACCAGAUCGCAGCUGGGAGCUGGAACGCCACAGCAGCUCUGAGCAAGAAAGCUAUGGCAACCAAUUUCUGAGCAAUGAGAACGGACUCCUGGGCUCCAAGUACAAGAAGGCAAUUUACAGGGAAUACACUGAUGGGACAUUCAGAAUACCCAAGAACAGGACCGGCGACGAGGAGCAUUUAGGGAUAUUGGGUCCUUUUAUCUGGGCAGAAGUUGGAGAUGUUCUCAACAUUGUGUUUAAGAACAAUGCUACACAACCCUACUCCAUUCAUGCCCAUGGGGUACUGGAAAGGAAUAAUGGACAGGUGGAAGCAGCAAAGCCAGGUGACAUUGUAACUUACCGCUGGGAUGUUCCUGAAAGAUCUGGUCCAGCACCAAAUGAUUCUGCCUGUGUUUCUUGGGUUUACUACUCCAUGGUGGACCCUGUGAAGGAUAUGUACAGUGGCCUGAUUGGCCCCCUAAAGGUCUGCCGUAAAGGGGCACUGGGUUCUGAUGGAAGGAGGAAGGGCAUCAACAGGGAGUUUGCUCUCCUCUUCCUGGUUUUUGAUGAAAAUCUGUCCUGGUACCUGGAGGAAAAUGUGAAAACGUACGCACAAGGGAAUCAGAGCAAAAUCAACCUGCAGGAUGAAGAAUUUGUGGAAAGCAACAAAAUGCAUGCCAUCAAUGGGAAGAUCUAUGCAAACUUGCCUGGGCUGACUAUGCUCCAAGGAGAGUGGGUGAACUGGUACCUGCUUGGAAUGGGCCAGGAGUUUGAUGUUCAUACUGUUCAUUUUCAUGCCGAGACCUUCACAUACAAGAAUGGCAAGAGUUACAGGGCAGACGUUAUGGAUCUUUUCCCCGGGACCUUCGAAAUGGUGGAGAUGCUAGUUGGGAACCCUGGGACGUGGUUGCUUCAUUGCCACGUGUCAGAUCAUAUUCACGGUGGCAUGGAAGCACUCUACAGAGUCUUACCCAAACCAGAGCCAGUGCCCAUGAGCUUAGAGCCAAAAGGAGAGACCUCUCCUGAGGAUGAGUCCCAUACGGUCAUUGUGUUUGGCGCAAAGAUGGCUCAGGAGCAAGUGGAGACCACAGUCAUCAUCCUGGCUGUUACAGGGAUUGUGCUGUUCAUCGUUGCCAGCUUCCUGCUGGGUAAGAUCAUCCACCUCGAGAGGCAAAAGAAGUUAAGACGCAACAGGAGGUCCAUACUGGAUGAUGGAUUCAAACUCAUGUCUAAAAAAAAUCAAGUCAUUUAGGAACUAUAUCAGGCCUUUUACCCACAAGCACGGAGCACAACCCACUUCAUAAAGAUAAGCAAGGGGCCCUGGAGCUCACUUCCCCCCACAGACACCUCAGUGCUUUGUCAAUAAAAAUUCCUCCCACAAGAUUCCUCAGGACCCUUUCAGCUAGCUGAAGAGAAGCAGCAGGAGUGAAAAGGAUCUCGAAGGGUCUUUCUUUUCUCAAAGGAAGAGAAGAGUUUUCUCACAGCAAGUUCUCUCCACUGAAGCAACUUCAUUUGGCUGGGUCAUCUCUUUCUAAUGACGGAGAGGAGGAGACGAGAGCUCUCCAGCUGAGUUCUAUCUUUGUUCAGCUGCCAAAGUUGGGUUGGACAUUGUCUCUCCAAAUAACUAUGAGCCACGACUCUACACUGAACCCAAGUAAUCUAAGGAAAAAUAUAAUCUUUGGAGAUUGUUGGGAUAUUUCAGUGGUUUGAGCAUUGGCCUGCUAAACCCAGGAUUAUGAGAUCAAUUUUU